UCUGGUGCCGCGGCCCGGCCGCCUCCCCUCGCUCAGUGCGGUGGGGGGGCUCCCAUCCCGGGGGCGCGGGCCGCGGUACCGCCCCAGCACCGCCGGUGCCCCGCGACGCUUUGCGGCAGGGCCGGGGCGACCAUGGCGGCGUUUUGGCACCAGCGGGGCAGGCGGCAGGAGAACGGCGGGCUGGGCAGUGUCAUCGACGGGCUGGGCAGCGUGUUCGACGUGCUGYUGGCCAACGCCAGGCUGGUGCUGGGCGUCAGCGGCGCGGCUGUGCUGGCCAUCGCCACGCUGGCYGUCAAGAGGCUGAUCGACCGAGCUACCAGCCCUCGGGAUGAAGGYGAUCCCAAGGCUGAGCAGAAGAGCCUGGAGGAGAGCUGGCAGGAYUUGGCACUGAUCAAGACAACACCAAAAGCCCCCAAGAAGCAGAGAAGGGAAGACCUCAGCGAGCCUCUGCUCUCCCCAGCUCAGCCUCUGGUGCCAGAUUCCAGAGGCUGCUCUGCCCCUCUGGGGAUUCCUCAGGCCAAGUCCAGCCCCCUGCGCUGCCUCACACUGCAGGAGAAGCUCCUCUCACACAGCAAUGAGCUGGAAGUGCCCGAGAUCCAAGCAUCCCUCGUCCCACAGCUGGCCAGGAGCAUCAGCACCCAACUGCAGAACUUCCUGCGCAGCAAAUGCCCGGAGCUGCCUUUUGGCCGCCUCUUCCUCAGAGGAGCCCUGCUCGAUGGCCUCGAGGUCCUGGCAGCUGACCACAUCCACCUCAUGCUCCCGGUGGUCCUCGACRCCGGGCUCUGGAGCCUCAUCUCGGGAGAGGACACUGUGGUGAGGAAYCCCCAGUACUGGAUGAUCAAGAGGAUCGAUCUGGGCUAUUUCCCUCGGGGGUGCAGCCCCUGGGACAGGUUCAUCGUGGGCCGCUACCUCUCCUCCAACGUGCUCAAYGAGACCCUCCACAAGCUGCUGGUGGCCUCCAUCAACUGGCCUGCCAUCGGCAGCCUGCUGGGCUGUGCCAUCCACCCCGUCGUGGCCUCCCGGGAGCUGAAGCUGGAAGUCAAACACGAUCAGGUUGAGCUGAGCAUCACCCUCUUCCCAGUGGUGGAAAUGGAGGACAAGGUUCUUCUGGCUGUUCCUCCYGAAGGACUGGUGGAAAACCUCUGGCUGGAGAGCUUUUACAGGGCAGAGGUCUUGAGGGUGAAGAAGCUGGAUGCUGGCGACUCUGGGGCUCGGCAGCUCUGCCUCCGCAUCCUGAACGGCGUGUGCAGGAGCCAGCCCAGCCUGCACAAACUGGGUGGCAGCCCYGUGACCCACGUCAUCCUGCACCUCAGUGACACUGAUGCAGACUGGGCAGAGGAAAGCCUUGCUGACAGGUUCCAGCAGGUGCUUGAGGAGCUGGUGGCCUUCCUGGAGAAAGGGGUCCUGCCUUCCUAUUUCAACCCCAAAAUCAACCUUUUCUCUGGGCUGUUGGAAGAGGAAAUCGAUGAGAUGGGCUUUGUGCUCUACAGGGCCGUGUCUGAGCCAGAGGUCCUGCUGAAGUGACCGGUGUGUUGGAGCUCCUGAACGUGGGGUGGUGCUCCCCUGCCUGCUGCUCCCCGCUGUGAGGGCUGUGAUGCUUCUAGUUGACUAGUCAGUAAGAGGCAAAGUUCUUGCACUUUAUGAGAAAAAAAAAAGAAGUUUCCUGUGUGAAUAAAAUGUGCCUGAGUAGAGGUGGGUGCUGGCAGAARAAGCCUUUGGCUUGGAGGCUCUGCCGAACCUGGGGUGAGGGCAGCCCACACCGGGAGUACCCACGGGUGAGUUCUGUCUGCUGGGAGCCCAUUGAAGCAUGUUUGGUCUCUGGCUCCCAGUGUCCUCUGCCUGUCCCAGCUGUCUGGCUCCUCUCAUGCUCCGAGACCAGCUGGAGCUGGAGGAGAGCAGCCCCUUCCCACUGCUGUGUCCUGCAGACCCCUCAGGUGCAGCGUCCUGGGUGGGUUCUUUCACCAGCACACCACAUGGUCUCACUGUGCCAGCACUCGGGGCAGGGGGGAGCCCCACCCACCUCUAGGAAUUUGCCAAUCCAAAAUAAGCCUCAUGGAUGACCUGGGUGUUUGUCUGGGUGCUUGAUGCUACAGCCAUAGCAAAUGGGGCUGGGGGGUUAUUCCCUGGAAACCCUUUCAGCUGCCAGAAGGAGUGAGCUCAGCUCUGCCUCUUUGUCCUGACAGUGUUGGCACUGCCCCGAGGAAGGGGUCUUUGUCCCAUGCAGUGCUUUGCUGGAAGAGCUGCUGGCUCUGGGGAAGCUCCUGGUUUCAGUUGGAGGCUGCAGCAGGGCUGUGUCCCCUCCAGGUCUGUCUGGUCACCUUUUCACACAUGUAUUGCUGCUGUCUUGAGGUCCCUUUUUUCCUGGCACCCCUCGGUAUGGGGUGGGGAAGCAGGGAAAGAAUGAUGUGAGCAGAGUGCUUGCAAGAACUGAAGUGGUUUAUGCUUUUUAUUAUGAAGAUAUGUUUUGUUUGGGUGUUUUGUUGGUUUUUUGUUUUUUUUCCUUUGAGUGGCUGCUAGUAGGGUUUGGUCUGGCUCUAGUCCCAGAGCAAAGGAAUUUUUUCUUAUAUUUAAUGGGAAGAGYUGGUUUUGCAUGUGGGUGGAGCUGGAGAAAUCCUGUGGACUUCACUGUGAGCAGCUGUUGUGGUUUAAUUUUCUUUACAGCUCUCAUCUUGUUUAUGGGAGGAAAAAACCUGCCUUUCCUCCCUGUCUGACAAUUCCUUUGUUCCUCCAAACCACUUCCCAGGUGUCAGUGAUGAGAAUAAACCUUCCCUGUGCACACUG